GCGGUGCGCUCAAAGUCUUAUAUAAUGUGUCCAAUGGUAUUGUAUGGUCUUAUACAAGUUCUGUACAUCGGACUCGGGAUAGGUUCGUAAACUGAAGAAGAAGCAAACCCUAGCGACUCGAUUCACUCGCUGCUUCAGCGUCUAGGAAACUGCAAUGGCUUCAAAGAGGAUUCAGAAGGAGUUGAAGGAUUUGCAAAAGGACCCUCCUGCUUCUUGCAGUGCUGGCCCUGUUGGUGAAGACAUGUUCCAUUGGCAAGCAACGAUUAUGGGUCCAUCAGACAGCCCUUUUGCCGGGGGAGUUUUUCUUGUGUCGAUUCAUUUCCCUCCAGAUUACCCCUUCAAGCCUCCGAAGGUUGCCUUUAAAACCAAAGUUUUCCAUCCAAACAUUAACAGCAAUGGUAGCAUCUGCCUUGACAUUCUGAAAGAGCAGUGGAGCCCUGCACUUACAAUAUCCAAGGUGCUGCUUUCAAUUUGCUCAUUGCUGACAGACCCAAACCCAGAUGAUCCUCUGGUGCCUGAAAUUGCUCAUAUGUACAAGACUGAUAGAGUCAAGUAUGAGACAACUGCUCGAUCUUGGACCCAGAAGUAUGCCAUGGGAUAAGAGCCUGUGAUCUGGAUUUGAAAUAUGUGUUAUUUAAGGUCUAAAGUAAAUAAAUAGAAAAAGAACAAAAGAUCAUGAAGAUCGAGAACUUUGGUCAGUUUUGUUCUUUCUCCUUUGUUUCAAGGAGUUUGAUCCUGCUUCCUUGUUGAACUUGGAUGUGUGCUUCAUUUUAGGUGGUCAUAUAUUGGAAUAGAGUUUAUUUAUAUGUGGUCUUGCUCUAUAAAAUGCUUGCAUGAGAGAGGUGUGUACAUACCAUUUUAAUUCUACCCAUUUUUCUCCGAUUGUGUGAAUGGCUUGAAAUGAUGCUUGUGUUUUGUAUGAAAAGCUGUUAUGAAUACCCGUAGGGGUGAUGGUUUAAACCAAGAUCGAUGGGUUUGAGGCGUGGCAUACUAUUUGUGUAUGCUUAU